AUGGCUGUUAUUCAUGACUUGCACGCAAACCUCAAGCGCAAACCCUCAGAGCUGGCGCUCGAGCGACGAGCAAUACCACGGGCGACGGCGUUUGCAACACCCGAUGGCGCUCAAGUCCUGGAAGUCCGCGCAGGCCCUUCCACUUCUUCUUCCCAUCAUCUCGCAAUUACCCCCGGAGCAUCCCCAGCAUCCCCAGCACCUACCCCUAAUGCCUCAAGUGGCACAGGAAGCUCUUCAAGAGGAACACCGGUGUUUGUUCCGGUCUUGGCGACCGUUUUCUCCGUCCUUGGUGUUUUGCUCUUCGGCUUCCUCCUCUUCCUCCUCUGCAGGCGACGCAAGAAGACAACGAGCGCAACAAAAGUAGAAGCACAGAAACGCGAGAAAUGGGGAGCAAGAUGGAGACAGCGAGGGCAAGACUCUAGCGAUGCAGGUUCUCCGCCUUUCAUGGGAUACAUGGGCCCUGCGUCUAGUGACAGGACUAGCUCGCCGUCCUUCCUCAGCCCGAACACUGGUGCCCAGCUGGUUAAUGCACCCACUUCCCCAUCCGGUUGGGGACCCUUCCACAUCACACCUUAUCGCAUUUCCUUCGCUGUGCGAAUGCCUUUGAAGUCCCAGCCCUCCAAACAGAAACAAGCGGCGAUAGUCGGUCCUAAGGAUCUUGUUCUCCCAUCCAAGCCAUCACGCUUUUAUGACAGGCGUUCGCCUCCAGGAGGCAGCCAAGUAUCUAUCUUCACUCGACCAUCUUAUCGCUCACGCCGAACCGAAGGUACUCCUCCCCCAUCAUACAAUUCUCGUGGCACGUCAGGACGCACUCUCGCAACACUGGCAACAAAUGGCUCGCGCUCCACUUCCGGACGCACCCCCCCUUCUCUUCCGCCCGUCGUAACGGGUCCCGCACUCAACCUCAUUCCUCCUGCCCCCCAAAGUGGAGAAGAACUCAGCCCUUACCAGCCCAUUCCCUCCGCCGUUCUGACUCCCUUCGACCAAGUUGUCAUAUUCCCUACCACCAACUUGCCUUUGCCUCGCAAGAUGGUUGUCGUCAGCACCUUUACUCCCGCACUAUCCGACGAGAUGAGCAUCCAAGUUGGGCAGAUCCUAAAGCUGGUGGAGGAGUACGAUGACGGCUGGUGUCUCGUUGAGCGGAAAGCCGUGAACGGCCAAAAGGCGGAGCAGGGUGCAGUGCCCCGCUUCUGCUUGGACGAGAUCCACCCAGACGAGCCGGGAACUGGUUCGUUUAGCGUGAGGAGCAUGGCCACUCCCCUGUCUACGGGCCCGACGAAGAGCCCGCGAAGGAAGGGCUCGCUUAGGCGGAGGAUGAGAUACUCUCAGAUCUGA